AUGCCCUCAUGCCCUCAUCCCCUCAUGCCCUCAUGCCCUCAUGCACUCACGCCCCCCUCACGCCCUCAUGCCCUCACGCCCUCAUGCCCUCACGCCCUCAUGCCCUCAUGCCCUCAUGCCCUCACGCCCUCAUGCCCUCAUGCCCUCACGCCCUUAUGCCCUCAUGCCCUCACGCCCUCAUGCCCUCAUGCCCUCAUGCCCUCAUGCCCUCAUGCCCUUAUGCCCUCAUGCCCUCAUGCCCUCAUGCCCUCAUGCCCUCAUGCCCUCACGCCCUCAUGCCCUCACGCCCUCAUGCCCUCACGCCCUCAUGCCCUCACGCCCUCAUGCCCUCACGCCCUCAUGCCCUCAUGCCCUCAUGCCCUCAUCCCCUCAUGCCCUCAUGCCCUCAUGCACUCAUGCCCUCAUGCCCUCAUGCACUCAUGCCCUCAUGAGCUCAUGCCCUCAUGCCCUCAUGCCCUCAUGCCGUCAUCCCUCAUGCCCUCAUGCCCUCAUGCCCUCAUGCCCUCAUGCCCUCAUGCCCUCAUGCCCUCACGCCCUCAUGCCCUCAUGCCCUCACGCCCUUAUGCCCUCAUGCCCUCACGCCCUCAUGCCCUCAUGCCCUCAUGCCCUCAUGCCCUUAUGCCCUCAUGCCCUUAUGCCCUCAUGCCCUCAUGCCCUCAUGCCCUCACGCCCUCACGCCCUCAUGCCCUCACGCCCUCAUGCCCUCACGCCCUCAUGCCCUCAUGCCCUCAUGCCCUCAUGUACUCCUGCCGUCAUGUACUCAUGCACUCAUGCACUCAUGCCCUCAUGCCCUCAUGCACUCAUGCCCUCAUGCCCUCAUGCCCUCAUGCCCUCAUGCUCUCAUGCCCUCACGCCAUCAUGCCCUCAUGCCCUCAUGCACUCAUGCCCUCAUGCCCUCACGCCCUCAUGCCCUCAUGCCCUCAUGCCCUCAUGCCCUCAUGCCCUCAUGCCUUCAUGCCCUCAUGCCCUCAUGCCCUCAUGCCCUCAUGCCCUCAUGCCCUCACGCCCUCAUGCCCUCACGCCCUCAUGCCCUCACGCCCUCAUGCCCUCAUGCCCUCAUGCCCUCAUGCCCUCAUGCCCUCAUGCCCUCACGCCCUCACGCCCUCAUGCCCUCACGCCCUUAUGCCCUCAUGCCCUCACGCCCUCAUGCCCUCAUGCCCUCAUGCCCUCAUGCCCUCAUGCCCUUAUGCCCUCAUGCCCUCAUGCCCUCAUGCCCUCAUGCCCUCAUGCCCUCAUGCCCUCACGCCCUCAUGCCCUCACGCCCUCAUGCCUUCAUGCCCUCAUGCCCUCACGCCCUCAUGCCCUCAUGCCCUCAUGCCCUCAUGCCCUCAUCCCCUCAUGCCCUCAUGCCCUCACGCCCUCACGCCCUCAUGCCCUCAUGCCCUCAUGCCCUCAUGA